AUCUUGUCUUGUACAACAUCGCUCCAGUCAUACAACCAUCUGUAUAUCCUACCAUAGAUCCAUAGAUCCAUAGACUACCUUCCCAAAUAACACAGACUAUAGACAAGAAACAAAACAGGAUGCCCGAACAGACCCCCCGCCAGAGAUCAGACUCGAAAUCCCUCGAAUCGUUCCUCGACACCGGAGCCGGCAAGAUCCCGAGCAUGGAACAGAGCGGGGUCGAGUGGAAGGGAGAGACUACGGUUGUUGUCCUCGGAGCUUCCGGUGAUCUGGCCAAGAAAAAGACCUUCCCGGCCCUCUUCAACCUCUUCAAGGAGGGUCACUUGCCGGAGGACUUGCACAUCAUCGGGUAUGCCAGGACGAAGAUGAGCGACGACGACUUCCACUCGCGACAGAUUGGCAACAUCAAGGGACCCGGUGACGACGCUUCGCAGUCGGACAAGGACGCCCAUAAGAAAAAGCUCGACAAGUUUACCAGCAUCUCGUCCUACGUUGCCGGACAGUACGACGAGGACUCUGGUUUCCAGGCCCUAUUGAAGGAGCUCGAAAAGGUCGAAUCCGAGCGAGGCGUCGAGAAGCCGAACCGACUGUUCUACAUGGCCCUGCCCCCGAGCGUGUUCACGAUCGUCGCCGAGGGGUUGAAGAAGAACUGUUACUCUACCAAGGGUGCCAACAGGAUCAUCAUCGAAAAGCCUUUUGGCAAGGACACCGACUCGUGUCGCGAGAUGAUGUCGGCGUUGAAGGAACAGUGGUCCGAGGACGAGACGUACAGGAUCGACCAUUACCUCGGAAAGGAGAUGGUCAAGAACGUCUUGUUGUUGAGGUUCGGAAACGUCUGGUUGGAGAGCAGUUUCAACAAGAACUUUAUCAGCAACGUGCAGAUCACGUUCAAGGAGCCGUUCGGGACCGAGGGACGAGGAGGUUACUUUGACGAGUUUGGUAUCAUUCGUGACGUCUGCCAGAACCACUUGCUGCAGACCCUCUCGCUGUUGACGAUGGAGCGACCCGUCUCGUUCUCGUCCGAAGAUGUCCGAGACGAAAAGGUCAAGGUCCUCCGAUGCAUCCCUUCGAUCGCGAGGGAGGACACUUUGCUCGGACAGUACGUCGGUGCUGAUGGCAAGCCCGGGUACCUCGAGGACGACACCGUCCCCAAGGGCUCGGUCUGCCCGACAUUUGCCGCGUUGACCUUGUGGAUCAACAACCCGAGGUGGGAGGGAGUUCCGUUCAUUAUGAAGGCCGGGAAGGCCCUCAACGAAGCCAAGGUAGAGAUCCGAAUUCAGUACAAGGACGUCACCGCCGGUAUCUUUGACGACAUUGCUCGUAACGAGCUCGUCAUCCGAAUCCAGCCGUCCGAGGCCAUCUACAUGAAGUUCAACACCAAGACGCCCGGCUUGAUCACAAGGGCGAUCCCUACCGAGUUGGACCUGACCUACAAGAGCAGGUUCGCCGAGGCAAAGAUCCCCGAGGCUUACGAGGCCUUGAUCUUGGACGCCUUCAAGGGGGACCACUCGAACUUUGUGCGAGAUGACGAGUUGGACGUCGCAUGGAAGAUCUUCACCCCGCUCCUCCACUGGAUCGACGGUAAAGACGGCGAGGCGCCCAAGCCCGAGGAGUACCCUUACGGAUCUCGUGGACCCAAGCAGAUUGACGAGUUUACGAGCAAGUACGGUUUCAAGCGGUCGAACGAGGGAUACGCCUGGCCCAAGACUCCUAUGACCAGCAACCUCUGAACGAGCAGUGUGAUGUGAUUAUACAAUAGCAUUGUUUGUAAAGGAGCGACAGAAGGAAAUAGGAUGCUUGUGAUGUGACUUGCUUGUUAUGUGAAUGAAUGAAUUGGUCGAAUCGGUCGGCUUG